AUCACAACUACACAACCAUAUACAUAAAUUUACACCACCUGUCAGGAGACACAUAACCACCCAAAAGCUCAGUGUGUGGACACAAUAAGAGAGAAGUUUCCUACAACACGAGUAUCACUGGAUCUAAGUUACUGUAUCCAGCUCACAGAGCCCAGCUACAAGGUGAACCUGUUUGAAGGACACUCUUUGAAUGUUUCCACAUUGCAUCGAUCACUGUCACUGGUGUCAGAACAGUUUUAUGAUAUCACCGGAGAGUGGUCAGACACUGAAGAUUUUGUCGCACCACCAAUUUAAACACGUACUAAAUAAACCACAUUUCCGACCAACAUUCAAACCACUGUGAAUCCUCCAGGUUUGUGUGCGACGGAGAAAAAGUGAGAGAGAAAAGCAGACAAAUAGAGGCAUAAAAACAGCCUCGUGUAAGCUAAGCCGAACAUGGUUUUGAAAAAGCUACUGAGUUUCGGUAAGCAGCUGCUGAGAGUGAAGGUUGUGGACUGCAACUCGGAGGAAUCGAGACUGUCCCGAUGUCUGAACACCUUUGAUCUGGUGGCCCUGGGCGUGGGCAGCACCCUAGGGGCCGGGGUGUACGUCCUCGCCGGAGCAGUAGCCCGGGAAAACGCCGGACCGGCCAUCGUGCUGUCGUUUCUGAUCGCGGCUCUUGCUUCGGUGCUCGCUGGUCUGUGUUAUGCAGAGUUUGGGGCGAGAGUGCCCAAAACGGGCUCGGCGUACUUGUACAGCUAUGUGACUGUAGGGGAAUUAUGGGCCUUUAUAACUGGCUGGAACCUGAUACUUUCAUAUGUUAUAGGUACCUCAAGCGUCGCCCGAGCUUGGAGUGCCACAUUUGAUGAACUGAUCGGAAAACACAUUGAGCAUUUCUGCCGUCAGCACAUGACCAUGAACGCUCCAGGUCUUCUGGCCGAGUACCCAGAUAUGUUUGCUGUUGUUAUCAUCCUCACUCUCACAGGCCUGCUGGCCUUCGGGGUAAAGGAGUCGGCCAUGGUGAAUAAAGUGUUCACCUGCAUCAACGUUCUGGUACUUCUUUUCAUGGUGGUAUCUGGAUUUGUCAAAGGAACACUGAAGAACUGGAACCUGAAUCCUGAGGAGAUUCUCAAUGGCACCAAUACCACUCUAAAUUCCACAGUGCCUUUGCCAACAAAAGAGGUUCUUGGUGAUGGUGGAUUUAUGCCUUUCGGCUUCACAGGGGUCUUGUCAGGGGCGGCUACCUGCUUUUACGCCUUUGUUGGCUUCGACUGCAUCGCCACCACAGGUGAGGAGGUAAAGAACCCCCAGCGCGCCAUUCCUAUCGGGAUCGUCUCUUCCCUUCUCAUCUGUUUUGUGGCGUAUUUUGGUGUGUCCGCCGCCCUCACCAUGAUGAUGCCAUAUUACAUGCUUGAUAAAAACAGCCCCCUUCCUGCGGCCUUCAAGUACGUCGGCUGGGAGGGAGCCACUUACGCCGUGGCGGUCGGCUCUCUAUGUGCCCUUUCCACCAGCUUGCUUGGCGCCAUGUUCCCCAUGCCCCGUGUUCUCUGGGCAAUGGCUGCCGAUGGCCUGCUCUUCAAAUACAUGGCUGGAAUCAGCGAGAGAACCAAAACACCUCUACCUGCCACUGUAACAGCAGGCUUUAUCGCAGCUAUCAUGGCUUUCCUGUUUGAUCUGAAGGACCUGGUCGAUCUGAUGUCUAUAGGAACACUUCUGGCCUACACGCUGGUUGCUGCCUGCGUUCUAGUACUCAGGUAUCAGCCUGAACAUUUCAGUCAGACGUAUCACAUAGCGAAUACACAGGAAGAACUGGAGAUGACAGAGUCCAUAAGUACACCAAGCUUGGGAAUUCUGCCCGGCUUAGAGGAACGUUUCAGCUUUAAAACCCUGCUGUUCCCCGACAUCACCGAACCCUCCAACCUGUCCGGCUUCGCGGUUAAUAUCUGUGCGAGUCUGCUCGGUGUGCUGAUCCUCACUUUCAGUAUGUUGGCGGUUCUGGGUGGAACAGCAGUGUGGAAUAUCAUCACUCUCAGUGUGCUGUUUGGUCUCUGUCUCAUUCUCACGUUUAUCAUCUGGAGACAACCGCAGAGUAAAACCAAGCUCUCAUUUAAGGUUCCUUUACUGCCUUUUAUACCCGUGGUCAGCAUGUUUGUGAACGUGUACCUGAUGAUGCAACUAGAUAGAGGCACCUGGAUACGAUUCGCCAUCUGGAUGUCUAUAGGUCUCGUAAUAUACUUUGGCUAUGGAAUCUGGCACAGUAAUGAAGGCACACUGGCCCAUUCCAGUAUCGACGAGGAACUUAAUGUGUACAAACCCGUCUCCAGUCAAAACAGGGACUCUGUGACCCCAGAAAAGGAGGCUUUUCUUAGUAAUGGACACGAAUCCAGGAUGGAUAUGGAUGGAGAGCUCUAAGAGUGUGAAACAGUGUUACGUUAUUUACUAGAACUUUACAUUAAAGCACAAGGAGGUUCUGAUGAGAACAGACCGUUAUUAUGUAAUCAUCUUAUGGAAUCUGAGGGGCUCUUUUAGGGGGCACGGUUGAAAACAUUUUCAGUAUUUUCACUCGAGGAUUUUGUUUCACAUAUUUGAGGUAACCAAAACAGGCACAGGACCUUUCAUUGGGUGGCUAUAGAUAAUGAUCAUGAUGAAAUCAAACAGUGUUUUAGGUUGUAGGCCGCUUUUGGUAUCUGAUUGAACUUGUGCCUUUCGUCUUAAUAUUGCAACAGAAGCAAAAUCAGAGUCACUCUUCCUCUUGAUACAAGUUUGAUCUGUCUUUAGGGGUUUUAUGUAUGUGGACCCUUAGGAAAAGGAAGAGAGAGAAAAAAUGUUUUCAAAUCAUGCUUGGCUUUUCUGCUUCAUUACUGUGUUGUGUGUGUUUAAGGCCCCAUAGGAAACUUCUACUGGUUUGAACUGCCCUUAUCCAGAAUACGUAGGUUUUACCGGUUCACCCAGACUAGACUGUUAGGGAGUAGGACCACCUGGUGGUGUGGCAGGGAAAUUGCAAGAGUUAGUUGUCACAGUGCUGGCUACUGUGUUUUGUGCAGACUUUUUGGUUGCUUAAUGUUGCAGAUGUAGACAAGAUGUGGAGAGUAGCUAACAUUGGUGUGUUUUGGAAAAACAAUUUUUUCAUGCAUAUCCCUUAUGAAAAUGAACAAUGGUUAACCAUAUGAUUCUAACUUUUAUUAUAAAUAGUAACCAUUUACUAUUUACCGUACUGUAACAAAUGGUAUGGUUACUGUAACAAAAGCCUAGAUAAUUUGUCAUAACCAUAGGUGAACUUUAGUAACCAUGGUUUUAUUUGUAGUGAAACCAUGUUAAAAAAUUGUUUUAAGUAAUAUACAGCAUAUAUAUGUCAUGUAUGUAGGGAUGUAGUGUUUUUCUGUCUGCUCUGAAUAUUGUAGGACUUCAAUAUUAACCAUAGAUGCUAAGAAAGAAAAAAAUAUAUCCAAACAUUUUUUGCAUGCAGGUGAACUUGUCUACUCAACUAACACUAAGUAAAGUAAUAUUUUUAAAACUAUUUGGAUGCUAAACACAAACAGAGCAGCAUUGCAGAUUUUUUUAUUGGUCAAAUAUACUUGCUACUGCAAAAAGUUGUCCAGCAUAAAUCAAUGCUUUUAAUAAGAAAGUCUCGUAAGUAGAAAGGUAAGACCUUGGGUGAGUAUAACCCUGAUUUACAUAAAUCAGACAUUUAUAACUUUCUACUGUGAUAUUUGGCAUAAGUAUAUGUUAAAAACUACGGAGCCCCUAAGGGGACAUGGAGCAAAAAUUAAAUAAAGUUUAGUUUCGUGUGCUCAAGUGAAACUAUCGCGUGCCCACGUUAAAACUAUUGCGUGCACACGUGAAACUUUCGCUUUCAUGUGCGUCCGUGAUAGUUUCACCUGCGCGUGCGAAAGUUUCACGUGAGCACGCGAAACUAAACUUUAGAUUUUUUUACUCCAAUGUCACCUUAGGGGCUCGGUAAAAAACAGUUAAAUGGAUAAAAAAACAGUUCAUUUAAAUUGUUAGACACACUAGCUGCCAAAAGCAUUUUCUGUAUUCGAGUUGGUUUGCGCUGGAGCAUAAUUGACAUUUGUGCUAACCAAAUAAGUAUGCCAUUUGACCCCUAAUGCACAAAAUUGCCAAAAAACAUGCCUUUUACCUCAGGAUAAUAUAGUAUAAAAGGUAUGUUGUGAAUUUUUGAGACCAUAUACUUAAAAAUGUAUAUUACCCUAUUUGCUGAAGCAGCACAUUGAUCAAUGCUGACAAUCCCUUAUAUGAUCUUAUACAACCAACAUUCUGUCUGCCUUUCUAUGUUUAUAUUCCAUGGAGUAAAUGAUUUGUAAAUAGCAAGUGAUACUCUUGACAAUGCUGAAAGCAAUAAUGUAUGUUCAGAGGCCUAGUUUGUGUUUUGGUUACACUGAAUUUAAGUUGAAUAUAUGUUUUGUUGUCAUUCGUGUGAUUAUGUUACAGCAUCUAUGUGUUGAGAAGGUAAAACAUUUUGAAAUUGAAAACUAAAAGUUAAAUUACACAAAGCAGCCAUACUUUUAAAUGCAUGUACUGCGGGUUUCACUGUCAAAAAAAAAGUUGGUUUAACUUAAAAUGUUACCUGGUUAAUACAACUUAAAAAUAUUAGUUGAUAAUUUUACUUUUUUUGAGUUAACUAAUAUUUUUUAAGUUGAAUUAACUCAAAAUUAAGGCAAGCAGGUAACUUGUUAAAACAAAAAUUGUUUUUACAGUGUAUGGUUAUUGAGCAGAUAAAUAUUCAGUAAAUGAAUAAUGCAUUUGCAAUGAAAUAUAAUAGCGAUGGUGUAACAAAAGCUCUUAUUUGAAUUUAUUAUGCUUAUAUGUUAUACUUCAUAUUGUUGGUAGAAAACUAUAUAAUACAUGACAUGAAUUGUGAGAACAAAAUAAACUGUAAGUAAAAGUGUAUGUGAUUUAACCUUAUAGAUUACUUAGGCAUGUGCCUCUGUUAGCUAUGAGAAUUAACAUAAUGUGAAACUGUAACUGCAAACCUACUUUGACUUAGACAAUAGAUUUUGUCAUUUCAUGUGCUUAUUUUGGACCAUUUAAUGUGGUGCAUUUGUUGUACAUUAUAUUUAGUCCUCGUUUAACGUGUACCGUAUGUCUUCAUUGUAAAUUACUGUCUACUGUUUUAAUGUGUUGCUGUAAAUAAAAAAUAACUCAUUUUGGAAACGUA